AUGAGUGAAAAUACAAUACAAGAAACCACUUAGUAAGAUAUUUCCACAAUGCAAAUGUACAUUGAAUCAGUUUCAAUUAACAUGGAAUCACUGAUUGAGACUUAUUAUGAAUACCUUCAAUAGCGAGAUGGAGAUGACUAAGAAAGCUAUAAUCUGUUGAGUGAUUUUACAUAAAAGACUCUUAAUAAUUUGGAAGUGUUGCAAAAUAGUUGGAAUUUAAUUAAAGAAAAAUUGAAUGAUAAAUAUGAUUAACCUCCUUUUAAUAACUCAUUCUAAAUCUAUUUUGAUAAUCAGAUCUUGGGAGCCAUUAAAUCAUAAGUAGACAAUAUAGUUGAUACUAUCAACAGACAUGCUCCUAAAUAUGAAAUUCAAGGAAUAGUUUAAAUUAAUACUUAAUAAAGUAGUUCUGAAUUAAUGGAAAUAGAAGAAGGUGAUACUUGA